CACAAUAUAUAUAUCGCCUUCCUACCCCUUACUGCUGUUUCGCUGUGCACAACUUUAGCAACGCUGGUAACCAAUAAAAUCCAACGCUAAAAUGGAACGCAAGGAUUUUAGAUUCACUGAGCGGCUUAAAAGGGUAAAGGGAAAAUUGCGCCUUUCGAGGUCUAGGAAUCAGAAUGACAGAUCAGACUCCAAUUAUAUCGAAACACCCCAGCAGCACCAUACCAGAGCGAGGAUCAAUGAGUCAAUCGUCGAGAAUGACAGGUCUGACUCUGUGUUUGCGAAUUCGAAUCAAGACCCCCAAAUGCAAGAAGCUAUUGUGCCAACUAACAAUUUAUUCGUAUCUGGCCAUUUGAAGAAAUUGCCAAGUCUCCAGCCUGCCGAUGCUACAAUCCAGGAGCUCUGGAAUGUAGCAUACGAGAAUUUGAGAGAAGAAGACGGCGCACUUAUCAACAAUUAUGAGUCGAAGCUCCAAGGAAAUCUCAUCGCCGGCCUAAGCUUGAUGGCUGGGCCAAACGCAAGCCUCAGAGACAGAAUGCAGACUAUCUUAGACCAUAAGAUGAAUGAGGUCAACCGAGAUAUAUGGAAGCUGAGAUUUAUGAGCUCUGAGAUUGAAGCUAGAGCCCUUGUGCAACCUGUGUUGGACGUCGUGAAUUUUGUCAAUGAAUAUAUUGCCGGCGCCGUGAGUGCCAACCCUUGCGCCUCUAUCGCUUGGGCUGGAAUCAGUUUAUUAUUGCCAGGAUUAGCAUUCAUCUCCUCGCUUAUCUCUCAAAGCCGAAUGAGAGAGGAGCUAUAUAUCCGACGCUAUGAAUCGCGCGCCGAUCAAUUAUUUCCACAAUCUCAUCGCGAGUAUAAGAUCAACUUAGAGAGACUGUACCGACAGAUUUUAAAAUUUCAAGCUACAGCCUACUGCUACUUAACUAAUAAUACCCUAUCCCGCCUUCAAUCAGAUAUUAUUCACUGGAACGACUGGGAUGGACUUAUUCACGAUAUUCAGCAACAAGAUAUUGCAUUUACUGGUCUGACUAAGAUCUGGUGUGAUAUGCAGUAUAACGAAGAAUGCAUAGCGGCUGAGAGACGAUAUAAAGAAACAGUAAGCCUUUGGCUCAGUGUUGAAAAGAAUGUCUCUGGCUUAAAAAAAGCCGUUGAGGAAGCACAGAGAGAGAGAAGCUAUCAAGGUCUCUUGCAAUGGCUAUGUUCUGUUGACCACACCAUGAUGUAUAAUACUGCUCGUGAUAAUCACGAAGCCGGUACGAACGAGUGGUUGAUGGAACAUAGUGAGUUUAGAGCAUGGGAGAAGAAUCCUAAGUCGCUCUUGUGGCUCCAUGGUAAAGCCGGCUCUGGGAAAUCAAUUCUAAGCUCCUCUGUUAUUGAAAAACUUUCCGAUCAGUAUCAAGGAGAUGCCUCUACUACUCUCGCCUACUUUUACUUCAGCUUUAAAGAUUACCAAAAGCAAAAUGUAGACGGUAUGCUAGCAUCACUAAUUAAGCAGAUAACUGCUCAUCGACCAUAUAUACCUGAAACAGUGCAACGCCUUGGGGAAUUUAAAAAUAAAGGAGGACGCCCAGAUUGCAAGACGCUUGAGGAAGCACUAGUUACCUCUAUGUAUGGAUUUUCAGCCGUAUAUAUUAUCAUUGACGCUCUAGAUGAGUGCCCAGUGGUUAAUAAUGAGCGGAAGAAGCUCCUUAUAAGCUUGCAACGUAUAUUUACUAAGGCACCUAACAGCCUUCAUAUUUUUUAUACAAGCCGCAAGGAAUUCGACAUAGAAGCAACAAUGAGGCCAAUGUUGUCCUUACCUUUCACAGCUGAAGUGGAUUUAUCUAUGAAGCGAUAUUUUCUUGAUAACGACAUUGGCCGGUAUAUCGAUUUUACUCUUCAAGCUGCUGAAUAUAUUUCAUGGCCAGAGAGUAUUAAGGAAAAGUCGAGAUUAGCGCUAGUUGAGAAAGCAGAUGGCAUGUUCCAAUAUGUCCGUUGCCAGUUUGACAGUCUUCAGAAACUCUCCUCCGCAGACGCUAUUGACAAGGCUCUCCAAAACCUUCCCAAUGGUCUUGAUGCAACCUACGACAGAAUACUCCAAAAUAUCGAUUCUGAAUUUCCAGACUUUAGACAUCAAGUCAAAAAAUGCCUAAAGUGGCUCGCUUUUUCAACUUGGCCUUUGACGAUUGACGAGUUCGCGGAGGUCUUUACCUUCAAUCCGGAUGAUGAUGAUGCACUCAGCACAAUGGAGCGACUUUUGACUCGAAAGAUGCACUAAAGUACUUUUCAGGAUUGAUCGUGACUGACGAAUGGGGUUCUUGGAAAGAACGGCCUUCGAGAGUCGAGCUAGCUCACUUCU